AUGUCGAACCGAGUUGGGUUGACGAUUAUUGCGUGCAGCCUUGGUGUCGUGUUCUUCGUCGCCUGUCGCUCGGCAUUAAAUUCGUUGGAAAAUGAUGAACCGAACGUGCUUGCGGGUUUUGAGUACGAUCCGAACGACAAUCGAUACCUAGAAGCUACCAUUGGGUCUACAUGCAAAGAGGUGGCAGUAAACUGGCAAAACGUCCAUCUAUCCGGGCCCAUGAAGCACAAGACGCGGAAACCGAGCGAAAAGUUGCUGCCCGAUUUCAGCCUCUAUGGAAGGGUUGCUGUCUAUCCAGAUAACAAAAUGGAAACCCUACGCACGGAUCGACUGUUUUGGGACGAUAUUGACAUUCGGAUUGGGUUGAGCCGGAGGGAGGCGUUGGCCAAAAAUGAUCAUGGCGGAUUUGGGGAAGCGGCGUUCGAGGCUUUUGACCAAUAUCGGCAUUAUAUCAAUGGCAAGCGUGGAGGGGUUAUUAAUGCGCCGACAUCUUGGGUCGAAGCAGCAGCUUUCCAGCACGGCGCGGCUUCGAUGAUGUCGAUUGGGUACCGGCAAGUGGAAAUCCAGUCAGCCAACAACCUGACCUUCAUGCACCCGCUGGACAUUUGCAAGCAGCAGCGAGACACGGUGAAUUCGCUCGAUUUCGCUGCGGCUUUCACAACAAUUGAGAGGAGCGGCCUUGGCAGGUUCAACGAGGCCCUCGACCCGUGGGGCGAUUUGCGUAUGAUGGCCAUGGUGCGGUGUCUGCUCAAAUUUGACGGAAUUUUUGUCCUCGGUGUGCCGUUGGGCGAAGACGCGUUGUUCUGGAAUUCUCACCGAACCUACGGAUCGUUGAGGUUGUCCUGGCUAGUUAGAGGCUACAAACUCCUCGGGUCGCUGCUUUAUUUUGCUGGCGUCAGUUUUGCAAUCGAAGAUGUCUGGCUGGGGCUCCAGGUCAGGAGCAUGAAAGAAACCGGCAUCGGCCUCGAAUUUUGUAAAAUUCCAAAAACCGGCUCAACGAUCGUGGGCAACAUUCUAUGCGAUGUGAUUCGAGAAUACCAUGGCAUCACCUACGCGCAGAAUAUCUCCGACACGCUGGAUGGGGAAUUGCUCUUACGAAAAUGCCAAGGCCGCGACAUUCACGAAUUUGCCGAGAAGGUGCACGACGCACUAAUGCAUCGAAUCUCAUUUGUGAAUCGUGAUCCCGAUAUCAAACUGCAUGUUCUGCCUCAAGCCGAUUUCUGUGAUCUGGGCAGCAACCUGGAGCAGUACGAGGUCAUCUACUGGUCUGAGGAUCGUCUGAAAAUGAAGAAACAAUUUGAGGGGCUAUUUGAAAAGGCGGGAGUACCAAAGGAAAUUGUCGCAAAGGUGUUACGGCAUUUGACCGAGUCAAGCACGUCGCAUGCGCAGAGGGACAACGACCGAAAAUCGAGGAUUGCC